AUGAAUGGACUGCCAGACUAUGUUGCUCACUCUCUGAGAGAAGAUUUCAAAACGUCGGAUUACAGCGAAUGGGAACGACAUAGGAGGUCAAAGGUCUCGAAACAAACCAAAAGAGAACCUGUGCCCUGGGCAUCUGCACCUCCAUAUCGAAGAGUGGAUCCAAAUUCCUCUUGUGAGCCAACCACCGAACAAGAGGACACUGUCCUCAUCAAGUCAGGGAGACAAAAUGUUGAAGACCUGAAGAAACGCUGUGCUUUUCUUCAAGAGAUGAAUUUACUCUUGGCAAGGGAGAUUCAAGAGAUAGACAGAACAUCUGCAUCCGAAUCAAGAAAAUGCCUCAUUCAGCAUGAGAAACUGGGGAGUUCCUUCACUGCUUUCAACAGAUGGAAUAGUUACGAGAUCAGCCAAGCCGAAGCUGAACUAAAGGACAAAGCAGAAACAGCAGAGAGAGAAAUUGAUGGUCUUCGUAAGCAGCUGAGGUAUCUGAAAUUGGAGCUGUCAAAUGCCCAGGCAGAGCUCCACACUCUUAAGACGUACAAAGACAAGGAGUACCCAGUGAAAGCCCUAAAAAUCGCUGACAUGAAGAGAGAGGUCGACAAGCUGAAGCAAACCCAGCAGGACGAGUGUGAGGAGGUAAAUCUAGUAUGUCAGAGAGAGAUGGUAAAUCUGGAGAAACACUUUGAGGAAAAGCAGAGGGAAGUACUGUCUGCUAUUGCAAAGCAAAGUCUGUCUGGUAUCCCCCCUUUUGUGAAACGGACGGCCUCACAUAACCACACAAUGAAGAGAGAAAUUGAGAUGCACAAAAAGGAAAUAAAAGAGCUGGAGGAGAGGAACAGAGUACUAUACAGAGAAGUUCAGGAACUGAAGCUGUUAAGGACAAAUAUUCAAAAAGAAAUCUUUCAAGAUGUUUUUCCCAAGGCAGAUAAGUGUACUCCAGAUAUGGAUAUCACACUCAGUAUUCCACAACGGGAGUGGCUUCCUAUAUAG